AUGGUCAAAACAAGAUUCGUCUGCGUAUCCGACACCCACGGGUACGGGACACGCGAGGCAGCAUUCCGACUGCCAAAGGGAGACGUCCUUAUCCACGCAGGAGACAUCACCAACAGAGGAACGGUAGAGGAGUUUCGCAGGUCAGCUCAGUGGAUCCAGGAAGCAGACUUUGAAGUCAAGAUUGUCGUUGCAGGCAACCAUGAUGCUCCGCUAGACAGAGAAUACUACUCCAAAAAUACGGAAUUCUUCCACGGACCGAACAUUGAAUCACCCCAAAAAUGCCUUGAACUCAUCACCGGCGAGGGGAUAACGUACCUGGACCACACAUCUCAAGAAAUCCGUCUAAAGGACCCCAAGGGGCCAAAAACUAUGUUCAAGGUGUUCGGCUCAGCGCGACAUCCAACUAGCACGAAGCGAAUCCUUAGUUGGAAUGCACCGUUUGGAUAUUCGGCAGACUCGCCUGAUGAAGCACGUCAAUGGUGGAGUCAAAUUCCAUCUGACGCAGAUGUGGUUAUUACGCAUACCCCUGCUAAAAAUCAUCUUGACCUGACAGCUCGUCACGGCAAUAUUGGGUGUGAGUAUCUCCGCCAGGCGUUGUGGAAGAUUCGGCCUAGGUUAUCCAUCUGUGGCCAUGUUCAUGAAGGCCGUGGCUACGAGAGAGUCAAGUGGGAUACCAACGAAAUGGAGCUUGAUGAAGGCGGGACUUUUGGCGAAAUCAGUUCGACCCCUGGAAAAUUGCCUCCACGAGAAAGCAAAAAGCAAUCCCGCGUCGAUUUGACUGGCAGAACAUACCCGAGGCUUGCAAAUGAAGGCCCGAUGGAUGCAGCAAGGGACGAGACCUGCUUCAUCAAUGCCUGCAUUCUAGCAACACACUAUCCUCACGAGGGAGGGAGGAAAUUUAACGCGCCGAUUGUGGUUGAUAUCGAUCUUCCACUCGACGACGAACAAGUUGAGAACUGA